UGAUACUUUACAGCUGUGCAUAAUUUAUGUUGAGUUGACAUACGCAGUAAAUGCAUAACAUUACAUAUUUUCUGUAAUUUUGUAUUAAAAAAUGACGCGACACGCAAGAAAUUGUACAGCAGGAGCAGUAUAUACCUAUCACGAAAAGAAAAAAGAUGCUGCCGCAUCUGGUUACGGUACACAGAGUGAAAGAGUAGGAAAAGAUUCUGUGAAAGAUUUCGAUUGCUGUAGUUUAACUCUUCAGCCCUGUAGAAACCCUGUGGUUACUAAAGAAGGCUACCUCUUCGAUAAAGAAGCUAUACUUGAGUAUAUUAUUAGUAAAAAGACAGAAUACACACGAUUGUUGAAGAAAUAUGAGAAGCAGUUAAAAAAAGAAGAAUCUGAAAAAGCCGAGCUCGCAGCCGCUGAGAAGGAAGCAAAUUUGAUUAAAUUCAUGAAUAGGGAGAAGAACAUAUCGUCUACAAAUAGCAAGUCGUCUGGUAGUUCUGAUCAAGCCGGUAGUUCAGUGUCAAACCUCGCUAAUGGAAAAGACAAACAGUUACCAAGUUUCUGGGUGCCGUCCCAACUUCCCGAUGCGAAAGUUACAAAAAUAGAGAAACCAGACGCGACUGUGUACUGUCCUAUCAGUGGCAAGCCGCUAAAAAUGAAAGAUUUAAUAGAAAUCAAGUGGACAUUGGUUAACGAUCCAGAUGAUAAGAAAUCGCUGAUCAUAAAGGAGAACAGAUACAUGUGCCCGGUGACUCAUGACAUACUGAGCAAUGCUGUGCCCUGCGCCGUUAUCAGGACUACCGGGCAUGUAGUCACCAUGGAGUGUGUAGAGAAGGUAAUCAAGAAGGACUGGUUACAUCCCCUCACAGGAGAGAAACUGAAGGAAAAGGAUAUCAUACCCCUGCAGAGGGGAGGUACAGGAUAUGCACUCACCAAUCAAAAUCUAGAGGGGAAAAACGAAAGACCUGUGUUGCAAGCUUAACUGGUUAUUAAAAUAUGUAAAUUUAGGGAAAUUAUUAUAUUUGCCUAAGUGCAAAUUUAUAGUGUUAGUGGAAUUGUUUUAAGAAGUUUUUGAUUGCAUUGAAUAAUUUGUGCAUUUGAGGGUACACAGGAUUUUAAGUACUGCUAUGUAUAGUGCUGACAUAAGUUCUUGUUUCAUGACUAGUAAGAAAUAACUGAAAUAAUUUUUGUUAAUUACUUAUGGAACUUUAAAUAACUUGCCUUAUACACUCUCAAAUCUAAGAGAAUUUUUUUAAUGUUAAUUCUACAUGUUUCAUAUGCAUGAUGUCUAAAAAGUAUAAAGAUUAAGAAAUAAUAAAAUUGAUUUAGUAAAUAAA